GAAAGAUGUCUCAGUCUCAUGAAAAAACUCUAAUACUGAUCCAAAAAAUGGUGAAAGUGCCCCCACCAAAAGCACUUUUGUUGUUCAAUUCCUCAACCUAUGAGGGCCUUCAUCACACUCCUCACUCUAUCUCUUUCAUCUUAAACCAUCUCCUAUCCCAUGACAUGCUACCCCAAGCUCAAUCUCUUAUCUUGCGUCUAAUCUCUGGUCGAAUCCCCUUCUACACAUUCUCUCCCUCCUCCUUAAUACCUCAACUAACACAAGCCCAUUUCACCUCUUCUUCAACUUAUGCUCCUCUCUUUGAAACAAUUGUCAAUGCUUAUGUUCAUUCUCACUCCCCUGAUCAGGCCCUCACUUUUCUACACCAGAUGAUUCACAAGGGUCAUCUUCCUACAUCAAACACCUUCAACAAUCUUCUGUGCUCGCUCUUUAGGUCAAACUGUUUCGAUAAAGCUUGGUGGGUUUUUAACCAAUUCAAGAUUAAAGUUGUUAUGGAUGUCUACACAUUUGGGAUUAUGAUCAAUGGUUGUUGUGAGGUUGGUGACUUAAUGAAAGGGUUUCGGCUUGUGACCAUGUUGGAGGAGUUUGGUUUGUCUCCUAAUGUUGUUAUAUACACUACGUUGAUUGAUGGGUGCUGCAAGAAUGGAGAUGUCAUGCUGGCGAAGAAGUUGUUUUGCAAGAUGGAUAGGUUGGGUGUAGUUGCUAAUCAACAUACUUAUAGUGUCUUAAUGAACGGGUUUUUCAAACAAGGACUUCAAAGGGAAGGGUUUCAUAUGUAUGAGAAUAUGAAGCAAAGUGGAAUAGUGCCAAAUGUUUAUUCCUACAGCUGUGUGAUUGGAGAAUAUUGUAAUGGUGGGAUGGUGGAUAAAGCUUUUAAGGUGUUUGGUGAAAUGCGUGAGAAAGGUGUUAUGUGUGGGGUUAUGACAUAUAACAUUUUAAUAGGUGGGCUGUGUCGAGGGAAGAAGUUCGGUGAAGCAAUAAAGUUAGUUCAUCGAUUGAGUAAAGUUGGCCUCAGUCCUAACAUUGUUACAUACAAUAUACUGAUCAACGGUUUUUGUGGUGUUGGAAAAAUAGACACUGCUGUUAGAUUAUUCAGUCAAUUGAAGUCAAAUGGACUUUCACCAACUUUAGUAACCUAUAAUACUCUGAUUGCAGGGUAUUGUAAGGUUGAGAAUUUAACUGGAGCUCUUAGCUUGGUCAAGGAAAUGGAAGAGAGAUGUUUUGCUCCUUCCAAAGUGACAUAUACUAUUCUGAUUGAUGCUUUUGCAAGACUAAAUCAUAUGGAAAAAGCACGCAAAAUGCAUGCUUUAAUGGAGAAGUCUGGUUUGGUUCCAGACGUACACACAUACAGUGUCUUAAUACAUGGGUUAUGUAAAACUGGUAACAUGAAAGAAGCCUCAAAACUAUUCAAAUCAUUGGGGGAGCUGCAUUUCGAACCAAACAAUGUUAUAUUUAACAUGAUGAUUCAUGGUUACUGCAAAGAAGGAAGCUCUUACAGGGCUUUUAGGCUACUCAAUGAAAUGGUUCACAAUGGAAUGGUCCCUAAUGUGGCCAGUUUUUGCUCAACCAUAGGGCUUCUUUGCAAUGAUGGAAAGUGGAAGGAAGCAGAGUUUCUCUUAGAAAAGAUGAUAAAUUCAGGACUAAAGCCAACGGUUUCUUUAUACAAUAUGGUUUACAAAGAAAAGAUCAACGUUUAG